AUGCUAACGGACUAUUUGCUGCCUGAAAUUGAAGCCCGUAAUCUCGAUGACAUUUGGUUCCAACAAGACGGCGCCACUUGCCAUACAGCCCGUGCAACCAUGGCUUUAUUGCGAGAACAAUUCGAUGAACAGUUAAUUUCACGAUUUGGACCAGUGAAUUGGCCUCCUAGAUCAUGUGACAUCACACCUCUAGACUUUUUCCUUUGGGGCUACGUGAAGUCCAAAGUCUAUAUGGAUAAGCCGAAUACGAUUGAGGAAUUGGAAGCCAACAUUACUCGGAUGCCAUUAGGAAGUUACUUGUCUAUUCGGUGUGCUCUGGCGUUAUUUUUCCUGCAAAUUGCCACGUUCACAAUGCUGCUGCCGACCUGCCCCCCGGAAUGUAUUUGCCUUUCGCAAACCCAGGUGCUGUGCAAUUCGGGGGGCUUGAGGGAGAUCCCCAAGAAGCUGCUGCCACCCACCGUCGAACACCUGUCGCUCACCCGCAACCACUUCCCCAUCAUCAAGAGCGACUCUUUCGCCGGCCUCCGAUACCUGCGGAAGCUCUCCCUCGACGGGAAUAACAUAUCCAUUAUCAAACCGUUCGCGUUUAGGGGCCUGCCCAGGCUCAAAGAGCUCUCCAUCCAGCAGACGCCCCUAGCGACGGUGGCGCAGUUCGCUUUCGCGGGCCUGCAGAAUAUCACCUCGAUCUACCUCAGUCACAACAAGAUCAGGAAGGUGGAGGGGUACGCCUUUGCGGGGACGUCGAACCUGAAGCUGUUAGUUUUAACGAACAACCCGAUACACAAAAUCGAGAGCCACGCUUUCAGCGGACUCACCAAUGUGGAGCGGCUCAGCUUUCCCUCGGGUGUGAGACAGCUGGAACCAGAUGCCUUCAAUGGAUUGGAAAGCGUGGGCUACAUAAAGCUGGCCUUCAUGGACCUCCCUGGUUUGACAAUCGGCGCGUUUCGAGGCCUUACUAACAUAGGAGUCCUCUCAAUCCAAGAGUCCGACUUGGGCAUCAUCGAAGGCUCUGCUUUCGACGGCAUGACUUUCAUAAAGUCACUUAACAUACUCAACAACAAGAUAGACGCAAUAGAGUACUUGAACAUCACUCAGGAACAAAGAAUAGGACACAUGAAGAUGCAGGGCAACCACAUCCUGGAAAUACCAAAAGCCGAAACCCUUACUAUUGAAGUGGAGAAACUAACUGUGAUAUCAAACCAUUUCCCGUGCAACUGCCAUAUUCACUCACUGUUAGAAGGCCCCUUGGCCAACGGUAGCAUUUUAGAUUUUAUAUCCAAGAACUUUUGCAUAUCACCACUCGAGGUCAACGGACUGCCCAUGACCAACAUAGAGGUGGAAUCCAUAGGCAGGUGCGAAGAGGAAGUGACGAGGGAAAACUUAGAAGCUUCAAAGGAUUCCGUAAAUCCUUCUAGUCAAAUUAGUGUCGCGAUCGUCAAUAGCUUUUGUUUGAUAGUGUUGACGGUGUUUGUUAGGUGA